UAACACAUCAUCUUUUUCUUCAAACCUCUAAAACCUUUUACGAUAACAACAAUCACGUAGAGAUAAUGGUCAAUGAGUGUGCACCAAAGCCUCAUGUGGCUCUUCUCGCAAGCCCUGGAAUGGGUCACAUCACCCCACUUUACGAGCUCGCGGUUCGUCUCGUCACUCAACAUAACUUUCAGGUCACUUUUCUCGUCAUCACUGCUGGCUCCACCGUUGCUCAAGACAGUUAUUUAACCGCCUACCCAAUUCCCGACCUCCAUAUUGUCGACCUCCCACCUCCAGACAUGUCCAACGAACUCCUCAAUAACAUGAAAACCGUCGCCCGCCUCUGCUAUAUAGUUGAACAGUCCAUUCGUCCGCUUCGGUCCGUCCUAAAUGGAUUGAAACGACCAAAAGUGAAAGCUCUUAUUAUCGAUAUGUUCUGUACGGGCGUGUUUGAAGCAUGUAAAGACCUAUCAAUUCCGGUUUAUUCAUUUUUCACGGCUUCAGCAGCCCUUUUGACCUUCUCUUUAUAUCUUCCGACGCUGGAUUGCAAGGCGGAUGGUGAGUACGUGGAUCUACCCGAACCUGUUAAGGUUCCCGGUUGCAACCCGAUCCAAACUCAAGACUUGAUGUAUCUAGUCCCCAAGAGUAUGAUCAACGAAUACCAACAGUGGUUUAUGCAUGUUAGUAGGUUACCUAUGGUUACUGGGAUAUUUGUGAAUAGUUGGGAGGAUCUUGAAUCGGUCUCACUCAAAGCAGUGAAACAUGAACCGUUCUUUGCUAAUAUUCCCACGCCUCGGGUUUAUCCCAUUGGACCGCUCACGAAACAAGCUGAACCGGUUUUGACCAAGUAUGAGAAAGAAACUAUUGCAUGGCUUGAUAAACAGCCAAAAGACUCGGUCCUGUUUGUUGCACUAGGAAGUGGAGGGACACUAACUAGUGAACAACUCACUGAGUUGGCUUGGGGUUUAGAACUGAGUCAGCAGAGGUUUGUUCUAGUAGUUCGGAAGCCUAGUGACUGCGCUAUCUCUGGGUUUUUCAGUGCGGGGAGUGACGUGGAUGACCCUAUAGCGUACUUACCGGACGGGUUUGUGGAGAGGUCGAAGGGAGUUGGGUUGGUGGUGAGUGGAUGGGCGCCUCAGGUGGGAGUGUUGAGCCACCCGUCCACGGGGGCAUUUUUGUCUCAUUGCGGGUGGAACUCGACGGUGGAGAGUGUUAAGUAUGGUGUGCCCAUUAUUGCGUGGCCGUUGUUCGCGGAGCAGGGGAUAAAUGCCGCGCUGUUAAGCAAUGAGGUCGGGGUGGCGAUGAGGAUGCCUAUGGUUGGUGAAGGAGGGGAGGCGGUUGUGGUGCGGAGAAAGAAGAUAGAGUCGGUUGUGAAGGCGGUUAUGGAGGGUGAAGAAGGUAAGAAGCUCAGGAGGAGGGCGAAAGAGCUCCAAGCGAGUGGUAGGGAGACAUUGAGUCGUGGUGGGUCGUCUUAUGAAACACUCGCUCGAGUUGCUGAGUCAUGGAACAUCGAGACUUGAGGGUUGUCUAGAAGAAAAAUGCACUUCAGUGUUCGUUUGUAACACUUGUAUAAGAAAAAUGCACUUCAGUGUUCAUUUGUAGCUUAUAUGUGUUAUUGUUUGCAUCUGUGUUUUAUGCUUUUGUAUGUUUUAUUUGACUCUAAUGUAUGUAUACACAUCCUUACAAUUAUAUAUACUUGUAAUUUGCAACACUAAAAGGCAUAACAGGGUUGUACUUUGUGUAUUACUGAUGUUCAAAGCAUUUGAUAUUUGUACUUUAGGUUUUUAGGUUUGUAAACUCUUUUGGGCUGACAAGCUAAAUCAGCUUUUCUCCAUUUACCCUCCUCACCAGCAACGACAGAGAGAUAAGAGAGAACGGAGGAAGGGCCGCCGCCAACGGUUAUGAUUCACGACGGGAUGCGACGCGCAUAACAACGGUGGAUUUCAGAAAAAAGAGAAAGCGGACGGAGCACUGAUUAGGGUUUCGACAAUCCGUUCAACGGUAUCAUCCCUCCGAUAGCACUCUAGAAACGGUGGUCUAUUGGGUAACAAAUAAGAGGGUUAUGUAUCUCAGUACAGAGAGAUGACGGUGAUGAUUCAGAUAUCGGGAGUUCCAGUGAGGUCUAGCAAAUCCUAUGGUCACAAAACCGAAACUUAUGUAAGAUUUAAGAUGAUACUUACAUAAUUGACUGGAUGGCCGGUGGGAUACACUACGCAGAGAGAGAAGAUGGCCGGUUAAAUACACAACUUGGCGGACCCCUGUUUCCGAAGACGACGAAAACCGCUAAAAAUUUGACUUUUAAUUUCAUGUGGCUCAUCUUAGUGAUAUUGCUACCUUAGACCCUAGAAAUCGUCUUUACUGUAGAAUAGUAGUCUUGCUUGCUGUCGUUGUGAUAGUCAUUCGAAGCCAGGAACAUUGAGUGCCGUUUCUAGACCCGAAUUCGGCGGGACAAGUUAUAUUAUACGGUGUGAAUUACGCCUCUGGUGGUGGAGGGAUUAUGAACGCCACCGGGCAAAUAUUUGUUAACAGAUUAUCUAUGGACAUCCAUAUAGAUUAUUUCAACAUCACUAGAAAACAGAUUGAUAAACUUCUUGGUGCAUCGAAAGCAAGGGAGCACGUCAUGAAGAAAUCGAUCUUCUCGAUCACUAUCGGAUCUAACAACUUCCUUAACAACUAUUUGCUUCCUGUUCUCUCAAUUGGAGCUAGGGUUUCACAGAGUCCUGAUGCUUUUGUAGAUGAUCUCAUUAGUCACCUCAGAUCACAGGUUACUAGACUUUAUCAACUUGAUGCACGAAAAUUCAUCAUAGGAAACGUGGGGCCGAUUGGAUGUAUUCCUUAUCAGAGGACGAUUAAUCAACUGAAUGAGAACGAGUGUGUUGCGUUGCCUAAUCAACUCGCGCUUCAAUACAAUGCUAAAUUGAAGGAUUUGGUGGCGGAAUUGAACGAUAAUAUCCCGGGAGCCACUUUUGUUCAUGCCAAUGUAUACGACUUAGUCAUGGAGCUCAUCACGAACUAUGACAUAUACGGAUUUAAUACCGCAAGUAAAGCAUGUUGUGGGAAUGGAGGUCAGUAUGCAGGGAUUAUUCCGUGUGGUCCGACGUCGAGUUUGUGUGAGGACAGAGAUAAACAUGUGUUUUGGGAUCCUUACCACCCUAGCGAAGCUGCAAGCGUGAUCAUUGCUAAACAAUUGCUCCAAGGUGACCCAAAAUAUGUGUCUCCUAUGGGUCUCAAGGAACUUCAAGAUCUAGAUCUUUAGGAUAAACACUCAACUGCUGCUGGGCUUUUUUGUAUUGUGAAUUAUUGUUGCCCGCGGCGCAACACGCGCGGGUCACUUUUCUAGUUUUCAUAUAAUCAUCAACUUUUAGGUCA